ACAGAAGACAACUAAAGGCCAGGCUGUGUUCGCCGGCCCUAGCCCGGCUCCGCGGCUAGGGACAGUGCGCUUCGCUCGGUCUUGAGCGAGAACACCUCUCGCAUCCCCCCCCCUUCCCGAGUUGGAUCCAGCCGCGCCUUCCGGUGCGCUUUCCGGUCCACCUCUUCAGGCAGGAAGUGCCGGCCGCCGCCACUGUCGCGCCGCAGCCUAGCCAUCGUCGCCGUCGCUCCUCGUCUCGCGCAGGGCAACCCUGGUUCUGGUGUCUGGCGGCGAAUUAAACAGCCACCAUGUCGAGCAAAAAGGCAAAGACCAAGACCACCAAGAAGCGCCCCCAGCGCGCAACAUCCAACGUAUUCGCCAUGUUUGACCAGUCACAGAUUCAGGAGUUCAAAGAGGCCUUCAACAUGAUUGAUCAGAACAGAGAUGGUUUCAUUGACAAGGAGGAUUUGCAUGAUAUGCUUGCUUCUCUAGGGAAGAAUCCAACCGAUGCAUACCUUGAGGCCAUGAUGAAUGAGGCUCCAGGGCCCAUAAAUUUUACCAUGUUCCUCACAAUGUUUGGUGAGAAGUUAAAUGGCACAGAUCCAGAAGAUGUCAUCAGAAACGCUUUUGCUUGCUUUGAUGAAGAAGCAACUGGCACCAUCCAGGAAGAUUACCUGAGAGAGCUGCUGACAACCAUGGGAGAUCGGUUUACAGACGAGGAGGUGGAUGAGCUGUACAGAGAAGCGCCUAUCGACAAAAAGGGAAAUUUCAAUUAUAUUGAGUUCACACGCAUCCUUAAACAUGGAGCAAAAGACAAAGAUGAUUGAAAGAACUUUAGCUAAUACAUUCCAAUUGCUUUGUCUUACUCCAUUUUAUUUCCCAGACACUUUCCCCCACCCUCAUAGACCUGUUGCAUGCAACUUAGUUUCACAGCUUGGCCUCUUUUUUUGAUGUAUUUAUUCUAGACCUUUCUGCCACUUAGCACUUGUAUAAUCAAACUGCAAAUGGGGUUGAGGUUGUAAAUUGUGCUGAAAAAAAGAUUGCGAAUAAAAAUCAACAAAUGUGAAAGCCCAGGAAAAUAUAUCCGGUAUUUCUGGUUUUGCUGGAUUUUUACAUUUUUAUAUAAUAAAAACACUAUUUUGAAAUAAA